UCCUGACGACUGCAGGUAUCCUCACCUCUCACCUGAUCUUCCUCUGAGAGUCAUCUCCCUCUAACCAGCAGCAAUAUGUCUAAGACGAGAGAUUACAGCAGCCAGUCAUACUCUCCCGGGAGCAGUGCACCGGUCAAAAGCACUGCGGGAAAAAAGAUCGACACUGAGGGCAAAUCCAGAGAGAAGGACGACAUGGUGGGACUCAACGACAAGUUCCUCAGGUUGAUCGAAAAGAAAAAGAACUUGGAGGAUGACAACAAAAAGCUUGACACAAAACUGAAGAUCCUCAAGGAGAAGGAGGACUACGAUGGGAAAAUUAAUGAUAUUGUCAAGCAGCUGGAAAACGAGAUGGAGCAACAGAUCGAGAACUUGCUCCAAGACCAAGCAAAACUGAAGGCUGAGCUGCUCUUGAACCAGGAAGCGGUGGAAGACACCAAGAAAAGAUAUGAAGUUGAGUUUGUAAAGAAAGCUGAUCUGGAGAACGAGUUUAUCCUCAAGAAAAAGGAAGUAGAUGAGGGCCACUUGGAUGCAGUAGAUCUGGCUUUGGAGCUGGAAGACCUGAUGGGAAAACUGGACUUCCUCAGGAUUGGCUAUGAUGAGGAGAUCAAGGAGAUGGAGUCACAGGUCCAGAACGAGUCAGUGGUCUUACGCGAAAACAGCAAACGAUCCCUUGAUAUGGACGAAAUCCUUAACAGUGUCAAGAAUCAGUAUGCCAAUUUGGCCUCCCGCACGAAGGACGAAGCAGAGCAGUGGAAUCAGAAAAAGAUGGAGUCCCUGGUCCUAAAUGCAGGAGAGCGUGAGCAAGAGGUGCGCGAUAUAAAGAGGGAAAUCGCUGACCUGGUGCGCAUCAUCCAGAGGCUCAACGGGGACCUGGAGGCUCUCAUAAGAAAGGAAGACUCCCUGAAGAGCAACAUCGGUGAGUUGAGGCAAGAUGACCAAGAACACUUAAAGAAGGCUCGGCAGGACAUUUGCCAGCUGGAAGAGGCCUUGAAGCGGGCCAGACAGGACUUGGCGGGACAGAUCCGCGAACACCAAGAGCUGAUGAACCUCAAGCUGGCUCUGGACAUCGAGAUUGCCACCUACCGCAAGCUGCUGGAGGGCGAGGAGCAGAGAAUGAAUAACCUCAUGCGCCGCCUAGAUUUCUAAAAAUAAACCAAACAAUUCAAGUCCUUACUUGCACCCAGACGUUCACCUGCCAUUGAAGAAACACCUGCCAGAGAAACCUCGAGCCCCAGAACCCUCCGAUGUCCAGGAGAAAUGGUUAUCCCAGGCUUGAAGAAACGCCUGCUCAUCCGGUUGGAGGUGGAGGCCGGCCAAGUCGUUUCCAAAAGCUCCCAUUACUCUGAAGAUUGACCGGCAUCGUCCAUCACACCUCUGUCCGCAAAAUGUGAAUCAAAGAAAUUGAAAACACUGUGAAAGUCUUUUUAAAUCCAAUACUUUAUCUUUACAAUCUGUUUGUGUGCAAAAGCUUCUUGGCAGGUUGAUCGUUUGUUCCUAGAGUCCGUGCUUGUUUGAGACGUUUUGUUUAUGUCCAGUAUUUAAAGAAAUACUUUCUUAUCUUUGUUUGCCUUUGCAAAGACUAUGUGUUCAGCCCUAUUCAGUUGUUUCUCUCAUACCUUUGUGAGCAAAAAUAAGAUGGUGUCUUUGUGAUAAAGAAACGCUGUAAAAGUAUGCUAAUGAAGUGAACACUAAAAUAAAGAACAGGUGACUAAA